UGUCCCAUGUGGUCUCUAUUUACAUUUCAACCAUGACUGGACAAGAACUGUCGGGUAAAUACACAACAGAGAUCCUUUGUCAGGGAACAGAGAAUGGCAUGAAAUGGAGACUAUGCUGUACCUAGAUGAUAAUCCAAGGACAAGAAGGCAUGUCACAUCCAUGCUACGAAUUUAUCCAGAAUGCCUGGAAAAAGGAACUCUGCGUCAACUGCCAGCGACCGAAGGGAGAACACUCGAUUAUUGAAGACACACAACCAAAGAGUUCUCCCGUGCCCGCCAAACGAAGCUCUCUUCUGAUGAGAACAUCCUUUAACGCUACAUUAGAGAAUGUGUUUGAUGGGUCGUCUAAGUUACGUCGAGACAGUAGUGCUGACGAUUGGCCAAUCAGUGAUGCAGAUUGGUGUGUUAUUGACGAUCAGAAACCAGAACUGCGACACAGGUCGGUAGAUCGUGAGACAGAGGAUGUGUCGACCAAGAAAACAGAUGUGAAACAGGAAGUGACAUCAGACGAUAAAAUGGUGCUGAACAAGUCCAAAGUGUCUUUUCUGCAGGAUGAACCGAUUGUGAUCGGGGACGAUGGUGGAUGGGAUAAUUUGACCUCUGAACCUGAAGAUACACUUGACGAUUCUGACUCAAGUGAGGACAUUUCUUUUACGGAGGAGGAAAAAGAGUUCCUGCUUCUGGCGUUAGAAAAUACUUUGUGGAACGGUGAUAAUCGUAACCUUCUCAAUAAAACUGUGGACACUGUGAGACGAAACUCGAGUAAAGAGUUCGAGGACGUUCAGUUAUUAACACUGUGGAAGGUGGACAGGUUCGCCACGCUCAGAGACUGUGAUAAACUUAUCCCUCGCCGAUAUGGCACAUUUCCACUGAGGAAUAAAUCCUCCAAGAAAAAGUUAGAACACAUGUUCGAGGAAAAGUCAAAACAUUUAUCAAAUAUUCAACUACAGAGAAUAUCGGAGCAUGACGGAGAACUUGGAGGGCACAAAUCUUCAAGUGAAACAAAUCUAUCAAAGGUCAAACCAGAGUUACCAAAGAAAAGUAAACAUGUCUUGGAGAUUGAGGCUUCACCAGAUAAGAGAGUGCCAUAUGAUGAAAGUGAGGAGAAAGAUGUGAAGGAUGAGGAUGAGGUGUUCAGUACUGAAGGGGAAGAUUUAUUUGAGACAUUUAACCCCGACAUUGAUUUAGAAUCCUCUACAGCUGGCAUGGAUUUGGUAGAUCUUCUGAAUAAUGUUUUAGCAAAGUACAGUGAUAGCGAAUCAUUCAAAGGUAUUGAGGGUCAUGAACUCCUGCCAGAGGCCACAAAGGAAGAACUACAGCAAGUCGUAGAAAUAGGAGAGGAGGGAGCAGAAAAACUUGAGUCAAAGUUCCCCAAAGGGAGCAUCAAGUCGAAGGCGUUUGAGGCAAAAUUAGCAUCACUUGCGGCAACUUUAGACCUCUCUAAAAAGAAAGGUAAAAAGCCUGCCCCACGCCCACCCUCCUGUCCACCCCCUGAACCGUCAGCAAAAAAAAGUGUUCCAAAUUUAUCAGAUCAACCUAAUUUUAAAAUGGUUCCUGUCGGAAAGCCAAUAUUUGAUCAAGGACAAGGUGAGAAGCCCCUCUCCCCAAAACGCACAUCAGACUUUCAAACAGAAAUAGUUGAAACAAGCAAAUCAAAAACAGAACGCUCAAAUAAGAAGGGAAUUACAUCAUUUUUCAGAAACAUGCUAAGGCGAGGUCGAGACUCAGUUGAUAGUUCCUCAGAGCAGGAGUCUGGUGUAGAUAGCACAACGAAAUCUCAAAGUUCAAUCACAAACUCAGACGGUAGUUCUACUGAGAGUCUGGGGAGUAAAACAGAAGGGCCUCCAUCGCCAUCAGCAACAGAGAAUGUAGGAUCCUCACCUGUAAUGAAAAUGAAAGUUUUGCCAACCAUUGCCAAGCCACCAAGAACAAGUGUUAUCAUAUCAACUUCUGAUGGUGGACAAAAAAAGGUGAAACAGUCUCCAGAAAUGCCUAGGGCUUCCAAAGGAUCUCCGAAGGUUUCUAAAAAGGAUCCCUCUAAGUCUCUGGAAAAAGUCAAAGAGGAAAACCAAAAGAAGAAACCAGUGGAAAGAAAAGGAUCUGAUAAAGUGACAGAAAAAAAGGAAAACAUAUUGGACAGGAAGGAUUCAGACCCGGGAAUAGAUAAAAAAGGACAGGAUAAGGGAGGCAACUCCAAGGAGUCGGAGAAAGGUAUCGAGAGAAAAGGCUCUGAUAAGGAAACUCCCAGUUUACCUACAAAACCACGACCUUUAACUACCAGACCUAAGCCAGUUAAUGUGCCUGAAAAACCUGCUAAACCUCCCCCGACAGCCCCACAAUCCCACGGUCAGACUAAACCUCCAGUCUCACCCCAACCCAUCACAUCGACUGUCACUAAACAACAGAUGUCCUCUUCAACAGAGAGCCACGAGUCUGUAAAAGAACGGUCAGCUAGCAUCAGUAGUCACGAAGGACCAGAGGAGAGGGGUUCAGAAAGUCCAAACAGUGACAGAAAACCUACAAAAUAUCGUCGACGCGCAAAAAGUCCUAAAAGAUCUGCAGCACCCAUACGACCACAGGCACCAGCCAAAGCGCCAGAAAAUCGUAACUCUAUUUUCACAAAGGAAUUAGAAAUGAAGAUAUGUCGGGGACUUGGAGACCAAAAACCUGGAAAAGAGGCUCGACCUAGACCCCCAAUUGACACGCGAAUGUCUUCAUCUACUUCUCAGCCCUCGGUGUCGCCAUCGUCACCCGACGUCUCUUUCAUCCCGUCUGCAAUGUCAGCCAGUGUGACAGAGGUACGGUGUGAUAACUUGGACCAACCUGUUAGUCCCACUCAGGAUGUACCCCCAGCUGAAAAAAUUGAGCUGCCUCGUGCGCAAAGCAGAAAGAGCUUUCUGGGUAAAUUGGGAAACAGGAAAUCCAGAGCGCCCCCUAGGCCUCCGUCUAUUGUGAAACGAGCAAAGUCAAUCACGGAAAAUUCUCUUACCAGUGACGGGCCAAUGAAAAAACUGGAAGCCUGCGACAUUUCUGGCCCAGUGCUCAUUUCUGACAUGACCUCCAGUCAGAUUGUCAAUCGGUCGAGAAGGAACACAAUUACCAUUGGAGACGACUGUAGCUUUGUGUCAGGUGGAUCCACGUCUUCAGGUUCAACCAAUGAUAAGUAUGAUGAAUGGCCACAGUUCUCUCCCCUUGGUUCCAUGGACAAUCUGUAUGAGCCAAUUGUUCCCAAGGAGCCACCUCCUCCUCCACCCAAUGGGAAUGUGUAUGACCCUGUGUCCUCCAAGGCUAGCCAACCUGCACUCAGCUUUGUGGCCAGUUGCCAGCUACCGACAGAGGGCUAUCUGGAGCCGGUCAGAUCAUCAGAUUUACAACGGGAUGCGACUCUUCAACAGUCAAGGGACACAACUCUUGAUUAUCCGGAUCAUGUAGACAUAAGUGAGGAGAGACGUAUACUGUUAGCCUCGCAACCAAUUUAUGAGGAGAUAAACGGUUAUACUAAAGACUUUCCAGUGAAACAACCCCCUGUGUCAGAUACAAAGUGUAAACUUACUGUCAAUGUUAAGUCUUCAUCAUCGUUCAAUGAAAAAGACGUUCAGGCAACACCUGUUUCACCGUCAGCCUCCCACAAUGCAUUUUCUUCAGAGUCAGAGUCGUCCUCUGCAUCAAGUACUUUAAAUCGACCCAAACCAAUUCCCAGGAAACGCCCUGGGAGGAAGACCGAGAGUACUGGCUCAGAGCAACCCUAUGUAGCCAUGAAUCGGCCAAGCAUAGCUGUGGCCUUAAACGAGGUAGAGGUUCGCGACAUGCUGAACCAACUCACGUCACAAAUCUCACAGACAUUAAGUGAAAUUUAUACGCAAUAUGAACGAGUGUUUACCAAAGAGACUGUGAAUCUCAACAUCACUGGAGCGGGGCCAAUCAAAUGGGUAGACUUUGAUAUCUACGGAAAGCCCAUCCACACGUCGGAGAGGUGUGUUGUUUACAACGCUAAGCUGAAAUUGACUUCCACAACCUGUCAGCUGAUGCUUCUGCAUACAAAGCCUGACUUGACCAAUGUCCAGCACUCAAGCCUGCUCAAACCGACGGUCAUCUUCACCGACAAUAUUCCAUUCUCAUAUCUAACUGAGGACUUCAUCAAAACUAGCCAGCUCUUGCAAAACCUACAAAAUCCUGUCAAUCAAUCAAACCAUGCCAAGUGUUUCGUAGCCAUUGGUCUUUUUGAUGUCAACGGCGAUCUGAAUCACAAGCUUGCAGCCUUGAAGGAUGGCUUCAGUGCUGACCCCGGUAACUGUUCUACUGAGCUGGAAACCCUUCUGUUUUAUAUGUUACAACUGCUUAGUGCUAUCUCUCACUGCCUCGACCAAGGGUUCACGCUGGGCGAGGCGAACUUUAGAGACGUGUUCAUCGUUACUAACAGCAACCAUUGCCACGGUGAUAUCAUUGCUUUUCUUCCUCAUCAACGGUUGCACGAUUCGUCAAAUGUGGAUUCUGUUUGUGAGCUCCUGGAGCGCUAUUUCACCGACACUCUUGUCAAUGUUAGCGACGAGGACUAUGAGAAACAUUUCUCCUGUAUCGCCACCAUUGAGCGCAUGCUGCAGACACGGCGCUUGGACUCCUUAGCCCUCGUAAGAAGCUAUGUAGAGUAUCUACUUUGGGGCCCAAAGGGAGAUAAAUGGCAGAGCGGGGCGGAACGUCUGAGUAAUCUCGAACCCCAGCUUUCCAUGUGGCUGGAGCGCGAACGCGCAGCUCUCAUUCACAAAUUUGCAAGCAUUCCUAUCGGUUCAGUCCGAGACUGUUCAGUGCUAGAUUUCUAUCGCAUGAAGUUUCUGCUUAAAGCAAGCGCUGUGGGCAUGUCCGAGUGUAUGAGACAUCAUGUGUCGUACUGACCACCGUGUGUUGUGUAGGUUGUAGAGAUUACUGUCCAACAGUAUAUAGCCGUGUUUAUAAACACAUGUACAGAUUGUGUUAUAGAUCAGUAGUAACUCCGUGGAAGCUAUGUAUAUACCGGGUGUGUCUGCCUGAGUGUGAUCAGAUCUCUACCUAUAAAUGUAUAUACCUGGUGUGUCUGCCGGAGUGUGAUCUCUACCUAUAAAUGCUAUUUAAUAUGUAUGUAUCCUGGUGAACUUCAAAUGGUUAAAAAUAGUGUUAUCGUUUGACUUUCAUGUUUGAAAUCUCAAGUGAUUUAAUUUUUAUAUAUUGCUCAUUUCUAAGACUUUUCUUUAAUUUCAGAUGAAUAAUAUACCAAAACUUCUAUGUUUGUUGAGAAAAUAAUUGACUUUUAAUUGAAUAUCGAAAUUAAAAAUUCUACAAGUUUCUAUACAGUUACGCAUCUACUGGUGUUAUUGUCAAAACCUGAGAGAGUUACUGCCCUUGUGGAGAAAAUAAUUAUAUCAGUGUUUUUCUAUUGAUCAUGUUCAGAUUUGAAAUCCAUUGUAAAGAGCCUUGUCUCUGUAUUUCAUUAUUAAUGUUUAUAUGUGAAAUGUUAUUUAUGCUACAAAUUUUAUCCUGAUUUCUUUUUAUAAAUAUUUUACACAUAACAAUGCACUUUGUCUAAACCAAACUCCUGUCUAAACCAGACAUCUAUCUAAACCAGACUCCUGUCUAAACCAAACUCCUGUCUAAACCAGACUCCUGUCUAAACCAAACUCCUGUCUAAACCAGACAUCUAUCUAAACCAGACUCCUGUCCAGACUGUUAUCUAAUUGAAAUGGCCAAAUAAUCUGGUCCAGACAAAGAAUAAAAAGUAGAGGCUCUUAAUCAUUAUGGAACUCGGCUAAAUGAUGUGGUUUGAGGGCUGGAACUCCAACCACCGAAUGAUGUGGUCUGAGGGCUGGAACUCCAACCACCAAAUGAUGUGGUCUGAGGGAUGGAACUCCAACCACCAAAUUAUGUGGCCUGAGGGCUGGAACUCCAACCACCAAAUUAUGUGGCCUGAGGGCUGGAGUUCCAACCACCAAAUGAUGUGGUCUGAGGGCUGGAACUCCAACCACCAAAUUAUGUGGCCUGAGGGCUGGAGUUCCAACCCCCAAAUGAUGUGGUCUGAGGCCUGGACCUCCAACCACCGAAUGAUGAGGUCUGAGGGCUGGAACUCCAACCACCAAAUGAUGUGGUCUGAGGUCUGGAACUCCAACCACCAAAUGAUGUGGUCUGAGGGCUGUCUGGUUUAGACAGAAUGCCCUGUAUUGGAAUGUUUUAAUGUAAAUGGACUUUUAAUCAAAUGGUGAGGUACAUGUAAAAUGACCAUGGCUUCCUCCAGAUUUUAGAGAAACAUGUUUUAAAGACUGACUACAAAAGUUACACCUUGGAUAUGUGAGAUGUAUAAGUUCAGAUGUAACUUACACCUUGGAAAUGUGUAAUUUUUCAAUUCAGAUUUUACACCUUGGAAAUGUGUAAUUUUUCAAUUCAGAUUUUACACCUUGGAAAUGUUCAGAUUUUACACCUUGGAAAUGUGUAAUUUUUCAAUUCAGAUUUUACACCUUGGAAAUGUGUAA